AUGCAUUUUUUAACAGUGAAAUCAACAGCCAUUGGUGCCGACGGUAUAAGUAUCAGCAUUCUGCUGUACAGCUGUCCUAUAAUUUUACCAUAUCUCACCCAUAUUUUUAAUCAUUGUCUAAAAUUCAAUGUAAUACCCAAAAUUUGGAAGCUUGCACAAGUAAUUUCCAUACCAAAAAAGAGCAACCCUGAAGAUGUGGGCGACCUUCGACCCAUCAGCAUCCUAUGUACUCCAUCAAAGGUCUUCGAAAUGAUUUUGGAUGCUAGAAUGAGGGACUUUGUUGCUAAAAAUGACAUUCUUCCAGAAAACCAAUCAGAGUUCAGAUCAGGUCACAGCUGCACAACAGCCUUGCUCAAAGUAACAGAUGAUAUCCGCAAAUACAUUGAUGAUGGCAACCUAUGCAUCUUAAUCUUAUUAGAUUUUUCGAAGGCUUUUGAUAAGCUAAACCAUGAUCUACGAUUGCUGUUCUUCGCUACUUGGGUUUUUCUAAAAGUGCGAUUCAUUUAUUAA